CAAUUUUAAGACGCCAUAGCUUAAACAUGAAAGCUGUAUCGUCUUCUUCUCCAAUAAUAGGUGCUAGCCAGCCGGCGACGGCGACGGCGACUGCGCUUAUGGUGCGAUCUGGUCGUUCUGAAUGGCAGAGCUCAUGCGCUAUUCUAACAAGCAAGGUUAUUUCUCAAGAGCAAUCUGAAUCCUUACCUGUGCCUCCAAUUCCCGGCGGAUUUGAUCAUCUGAACGGCCAUAACAGUGCCGCCGCACGAGUUCCAGGAAUGAAUCUUGUUCCGAUUGAGAAAUCUGAUAGCAAUCCGUUGGUUCCACAGCAUCGCCAUCAACCACAGAAGCCUCUAACCAUGACGGAUCUCUCACCGGCUCCGAUGCACGGAUCUAAUCUACGCGUCGCUUAUCAAGGCGUACCCGGCGCUUACUCUGAAGCAGCCGCCGGUAAAGCUUAUCCUAACUGUCAAGCUAUACCUUGCGAUCAAUUUGAGGUUGCGUUUCAAGCGGUGGAGCUUUGGAUCUCAGAUCGUGCUGUUUUACCGGUGGAAAACUCUCUCGGUGGUUCUAUUCACCGGAAUUAUGAUCUCCUCCUCCGUCACCGUCUUCACAUAGUCGGCGAAGUUCAGCUCCCUGUUCAUCACUGUCUUUUGGCUCUUCCCGGCGUUCGUAAGGAGUUCCUCACACGUGUGAUCUCACACCCUCAAGGACUUGCUCAGUGUGAGCACACGCUUACAAAGCUCGGACUCAAUGUCGCACGUGAGGCUGUUGACGACACCGCAGGAGCCGCUGAGUUCAUAGCUGCUAAUAACCUCCGCGACACAGCCGCUAUCGCGAGUGCACGCGCCGCCGAUAUCUACGGGUUGGAGAUUUUGGAAGACGGGAUUCAGGACGACGCGAGUAACGUGACGCGCUUCGUGAUGCUAGCGCGUGAACCAAUCAUACCUAGAACAGAUCGGCCGUUCAAGACCAGCAUCGUCUUUGCGCACGAGAAAGGAACCAGCGUGCUUUUCAAGGUGCUCUCUGCUUUCGCCUUCAGAGACAUUAGCUUGACUAAGAUCGAAUCGAGACCGAAUCACAACCGUCCGAUCAGGCUUGUCGAUGAUGCAAAUGUCGGGACGGCGAAGCAUUUUGACUUCUUGGUCACCAUCAUCAUCAACUUCAUCUGUCAUUGCGGGUUAGACGUCGUCAUCUAUACAUCGGCGACGAAGCAGAACCCUGGAAGACCUUUCUUCCGCUGUCCAACCAAACAAGAGGAUCAUUUGUUUAAAUGGGUCGAAGAUGGUGUAUACGAGGAGGUUGUCGAUGCUCUUCCAAAAUUCUCCAUCAUUGACAGAGAGAUAGACAAUGCCAAAUCUGAAGUUGCUGUCGAGAUUGAAGAGUUAAAGGUCAUGAUCAAAGAAUUGAAGGAAGAAGGACUGUGGAGCAAAAGGGAAAUAAAGAAAUGGAAAAUGAUGAUCAAAGUGUGUUUAGUAAGCCUUUGUGUUGCUGUCAUUGUCUUUGUUAUCCUACUGUUUGGUGUUGGAGACAAAAGACAGAAUUUAGUUCUUGGUUCCUAGUUGUGCAUUAGUGUCUUAUUUGGUUUGUGUCUUUGUCUUUGGUCUUAGUUCAUGUUUCUCUCGUUUGUGUCUUCUCUUGUUUUAGUUAUGUGUUGUGUCUUGUUUGUGUCAGUGUCUUGUAUAAGUUUCUAUGUUUUGCAAUGAAACAUGUUUGGUCUU